AUGAGGGAAGAGUUUGAACGGAGGGAACAAAUUAAAGCAGGAAAGCGCAAAGAGUCUAGAGAUCACAUCCAUAUCUCGGAUGAGGAGGGAGGAACGACCCUAUGGCCUCAAGAAGGAUGGCCGAUGAGCAAGCCAAUGCUUACUACAACAGUGGCCACUUCCUCUCAAGGAAGUCGGCGCCGCUCUAGAAGGCAUCGCGAUGAUCCAGACCGCUUGGUCGAAAAUCUUGGAGGAUACAAGAUCCGGAUUCCCCCUUUCCAUGGCAACAACAAUCCUGAUGAGUACAUGGACUGGGAGAAGAAGUGUGAGUUCAACUUCAACUUACACAACAUAUCCAACAUCAACAGAGUCAAACUGGCGGUCUCUGAGUUCAAUGACUAUGCCCUAAGGUGGUGGGAACAAGUCGUGACCGCAAGAGAGAUUGGUGGAGCUCUUGAGGUCUCUACCUGGGAAGAGAUGACAAGGAUCAUGAGGCAGAGGUUCAUUCCUAGCUAUUAUCAGAGAGAGCUACAUUCUAAGCUCAGGAGGCUCACUCAAGGGUCCAAAACUGUUGAAGGAAUACUUCCAGGAGAUGGAAGUGAUAGUCUAUGCUCACAAGGCCGUCCUCUGAGCAACAGCUCAAGAGAAAGACACCCUCACGCUGGAGCUGAUCAGCGCAGGCCGAUGUCCAAGAGACUCCAAACCGGCUUUCACACCAAAAUGAGCCAGAGGAGCCCUUACUCAAGACAAGGACAAGAACAAACCAGUUCAACUCCUGGUCCUAGAGCUCGCGAGCUUAAGUGCUUCAAGUGUCAAGGCUUUGGACACUAUGCCUAUGAAUGCCGCAACAAGAAGAUAUGA